UGUCGCCUGGUCUUUGGGACAGCCUCUCACACACCAUCUCUAUAGCCUCACCAACUGGGAAACUAACUCACCUGCAAUCUCUCCAACCAAAUAACUCCCAGUAUUAUUAUUUUUUUUUUGACUACUGCCAUCUGACAUGGAAAUCCAGCAAAGACACGGACACCACACACUUUGCCACACCUGCCGGAGAACAGAGAGCAGCAGAAUGAAGGUCAAGAAGAUGUCUUCAAGCAGUCGUGCGCUGCUGUUUGCUCUGGCCCUGACGCUCUACGUUGUGGAAAUGGCCUCGGCAGAGACGCUGUGUGGGGGAGAACUGGUGGAUGCGCUGCAGUUUGUCUGUGGAGACAGAGGCUUCUAUUUCAGUAGGCCAACCAGCAGGGGUAACAACCGGCGCACCCAGAGCAGUGGGAUCGUAGAGGAGUGUUGUUUCCGUAGCUGUAACCUCCACCUGCUGGAGCAGUACUGUGCCAAACCCGCCAAGUCCGAAAGGGACGUGUCGGCCACCUCUCUACAGGUCAUACCCGUGAUGCCCGCACUAAAACAGGAAAUCACAAGGAAGCAGCAUGUGACCGUCAAGUAUUCCAAAUACGAGGUGUGGCAGAGGAAGGCGGCCCAGCGGCUCCGGAGGGGCGUCCCUGCCAUCCUGAGGGCCAAAAAGUUUCGGAGGCAGGCGGAGAAGAUAAAGGCCCAGGAGCAGUCAAUCUUCCACAGGCCCCUGAUCAGCCUGCCGAGCAAACUUCCUCCGGUGUUGCUCACCACGGACAACUUUGUCAACCACAAAUGAGCCCCGCUGCCAGCCCUUUGCACAGACAAGAGUUUUGAGGGUGAAAAAAAAGACUAGGGGAUUAUAGCUUUGUCUCUGACGUCAUUUCUGUGGCAGUCCUCUUUGACCUCCCCUGCCCUGUCCGAGCCCACCAAUCCCCCCCACCCCACCCGCCCGCCCAACCACCAAACCCUGCUCUAGUCCACUACGUCUUGAAUGAACCUGUGGCCCUUUUCUAACGCCCGCUCUCCGCCCCCCUCCACCUCCACCUCCACCUCCUCACCCUCCACCUCCCCUCCUCAACCAACUCAUCCUCCUCCGGCACACAAACAUUGCCUUCACAUUCUUCCUGUCUGAACUCUUUCGCUCCGUCUCUCUUUCAGUCACUGAUGCAAAAGGCACAAACACAAACAAAAAAAAAAGUUAACAAUUCGGCUGAAUGCAAUUCAGGUGGAUCCGUAAGCAAAAGAGAAAAAAAGGGAAGAGAGAAGCGAAGAUGAAAGAGAUCUGUGGUUUGCAAGUGUCAAGAGGACACCUAGCGGAAUGUUUUUUUUUUUUUUUUUUUUUUUGUCCUUGUGGAAGACAACUGAAAGUGAAGAGCAGCUUGCAUGAAAGAAUCCAUUCCACGUCAUUUUUUUUUUCCUGAGGCAAAAAGAAAAUCUCUGUUAGUACUUUUUUCUUAUUAGUUUGCACCUCUACCUAUAAAGGGACUUCCACACUGUAAGGAAUUAUUUUGUAAAAUUAGAUUCCUGUUCCAGCACCUUUUUGAUCACAAACAAAAAGCAGAAAAGAGUCUGCAAAAUUGCACAUUGCCACGGAUUACGUCAAAGUAAAGAAAAAAAGGCACUAUUUUUUUAUGAACAAUGAACGUGUAGCUUAAAAAAAUGUCAUGGUGCUAGCUUUGGGAAUGGACUCAAAGAUGAGGUUGAAAAGCACGUUUUUUUUUUUUUUCUUUGAAUGAAUAUUAAAACUUUCCGUUUUAAGGAAAGUGUGACUUUAAUAAAGGAAAAAUAAAGGAUAUGGGGGAGCUCCUGGCAGUGGCAAUGUCAAGGGGGAAGAGUCACUGAGGAAAAAAAAAAAAGAAAUGGGCUGUGUUGGCAUCUAGGCUCAUGGCAAGUGCUAGCGGCUGCUCAUUACAAGUUUGCCAGCAUACGCGGCUAAGGGGGACCCGAGACCUGGUCCCUGCUAGGGCUGUCCCUCUGAGGCCGCCGGACACACGGAGCAGUGUGGGGACACAUAUGGGACACCGUGGACCGCCUGGAUUGGGACAGUACUAUAGUUCUGGGACUGUACUUCCUGUUCGCCAUGGCUUUGCAGACUGCUCUGACAGGAAGUAACAUGGCAAGGACAAAGAACGAGUGGGAUAAUGAUGAUCAUAUUUUAUUUUGUCUUUUUCAUAUCAAUGUUUCAGUGAGAGAAAAAAAAAAAAAAAGAGGAACACCCUUUCAGUUUCUGGUACCGUGACAUUCCUGUUUUUCCAAGUUAGGCAUUUUUUUUUUUUUUUUUUUUGUUUUCAUGGUUAUUGUUAUGGUGUUAUUUUACAGUUUUAAAGAAAGGCACAAAAUUUCAAUUCAAAGGGAAAAAAACAGCAAUAAUGUUAACUAACAUUUUAUUUUUAUUGUAUAUCAGUAGUAUUCACAUGCUUUUGCCUGAAAACAAAUACUUGAAAAUAUAUAUAUACACGUCUAUAUAUAUAUAUCUAUAUAUGUAUUGAUGUAUGGAUAUAUAUAUGGAUAUAUAGAUAUAUAAUUAGUUUCCAGGGACGUUGUGUUAUUUUCCUUUAGUCUGAGCUGUAUCUUGCGUAAUGAGCCGCCAAGCUUUUUUGUUUGUUUGUUGAAAUACAAAUAAGGGCACUGUAUAAAGGCAUUAUUUAUUUUGUUAUAAAAUAUAUUUGAGAAAUUGGUCCAAAUAAUAUACGUAGCACUGAUGCUCAACUGACGGAUUUAUUUUGUAUGAUCUCUGUUUUCCAAUUGGAGUUGUAAGGCUUUUUUGUAGAUGCUUUGUACCAAAAAUAAUGUCUUUUUUUUUCCCUUUUUAUUUUUUCAUUUGCCAUAGUUACUUUAAAUUAAUAUUUUAACAGCAGCAUAGCCUGGAUUGCUUAGGCAUGUUAUGUCACAGAAAUAGGCACAUACUCUUGAAUAUGUCGGUCUGCAUGGAUUUCCAGAAGCCUGUCGGGGUUGUCUGAGAAAAAAGAAAAAAAAAAAAAAAAAAAAAAAAAGGAAAGCAUCAGCGAGUGACUUUCUCAUCAUUAGAAGGAACUAACUGUUCAACAUUGAUUGUACUCAAACCCACUAUGUUUUUGAAGCCACUUUAGUAUUGAUGGCGGGGGGAGGGGGGUGAUAUGAUCAGUCCUUCAUUAAAUCAUGUCUUCGUAAUUGUGCAUGGUGUCCUAUGAUCUUCUGAGGAGCAUAUGGCUGCUGCUGCUGCUGCUGCUGCUGCUGCUGCGUGUUGGUUGGGUAACGGGGCCGCAAACGUCCGCUCAGCUGUAGAUUUAGGGUUUAGCCGAGUCGUUGCAUCGACGCCCCUGAACCGGAGGUAACGGCUGCUAAGAUGCUAGCAGCUAUCAAAGGUCACGCAGAGGUCAUUGUCUGAGAGACCCGUCUACCUGUGUCUCCAUCUUAUCUAUCUUACGUCUCCAUCUGUCAUAUUUAUGUCUCCGUCCGACGAUGACCCCGAUGUCCUGCAUCAUCUGUAUUUUCAUGACGUGCGUCCGAGCGUGGCAAUCCGGCCCCUCACCAUCUCCCGAUAACGCGUCCGCUGUUAUUGGAUGAAGGGCUAUCACGCUGAACCAAUUCUGAAGCACUCAGGAAAACAAACGCCCCUCUCCCCUCCCCCCACCCCCUCCACACACGCCCCACCCACCACCACCGCCACCCACCACCACCACCAUCAUCACCGCCGCCGUGUUUCUCCGUGGGACGAGUGGAGUAGCAGCCGCCUAGUUUGACUGGUUAUCUUGUUGUGGAAGGGCAGUUGAGGCUGUCGCCUGUACCUGGCCACGAUGACACAGCUCUCCUGUGACAAACCACUGAAGCCCAUGUCAGAAACAAGGUCAUUCUGUGCCACGCUAUAGUUUUCCGCCUCCCGUGUGUCAUGCACCGCCCCCGCGAAACGGAGACUUAAUGGAUACUCGCCAUCCUGUGGUGAAGAGUCAAGAGAAUUACUUUUUUUUUUUUUGUUGUUGUUGUUUUCUGUCAGAGAUCUCAAUUUUUCAAGGCUGCAUCUUGUCUCUAACUAUAUUCUACUUCAGUUGUGCAACAAAGCAGGCAGUGCAAUUAUUAUUAUAUUAUUAAUAUUAUUAUUAUUAUAUUUUCUAUUUUAUUUUAUAUUUCCUGCUAGGACUGCAUUCAUUCACUAUUGUAAUGUUCAAACAGGCUACUCUAGUGUUCCUAUGAAUGGCGUGAAAGACAACCACUUCUUUUCGCUGAAUAUGAAGAGAUACCUUGCCGAGCAAAUGGCAACUUUUUCUUUUGUCAGUAGCUCACUCAGCCUGUGUGUAUUUUAUUGAUUUAACCUCUGCACGCUAGAACGUCCGAAAUGCACAAUUCAUGUACUUUCAUUUUUAAUAUCAAUAAAAAAACAUUUUAUCAAACGUAAAA